UCAAACUUUCAGCAGCUGAAUAAGGACUUUUGGGAAACACAUCUUGAGCUGCACUUUAGGGUUCCUCACAUACCUACUGAAAGGGAUUUCCUCCUCGUCUUUACACCCCCCCCCCUCAAAGGUAGAGCUUGUUUGGAUUUUCUUGCUUUGCUUUUUUGGAAACGAUCAUGUUCACCGCUUUCAACACGGAGUGCGACUCUUCCUCCCGCUGCACCACCGCUUCGCCGUCCGGUGACAAUCUGGGAUAUUAUCCGUCCCCAGCGGGAUCUUACUCCAGCAUGGGAUCUCCCCAGUCUCAGGAUUUCACUGACCUGACAGCAUCAAGUGCCUCCUUCAUCCCCACUGUCACAGCCAUCUCGUCAAGCCCUGAUCUGCAGUGGAUGGUCCAGCCUUUGAUCUCCUCAGUGGCCCCUUCUCACAGAGUUCACCCCUACACCUCCAGCCCCAGCCCUGCAUACUCCAGAUCAGCCAUGAGGUCUGCAGCAUCCAAGGCUAACCACUCUCCCAAGAGGGGCAGAGCAGAUCAGGUCUCCACUGAGGAAGAAGAAAAGAGAAGAAUUCGCAGAGAGAGAAAUAAGCAGGCAGCAGCAAAAUGCCGCAACAGGAGGCGAGAGCUUACCGACACUCUGCAAACUGAAACUGAUAUACUGGAGGACCAGAAGUCCAACCUUCAGAAUGAUAUCGCUAACCUUAUGAAGGAAAAGGAGAGGCUGGAGUUCAUUCUGGCAGCACACCAACCCAUCUGCAAAAUCCCUUCAGAUCUUGACACAGACUUCCCUAUGAUCUCAAUUUCUCUUGCCCAGCCACAGACCUCCAACAUAGUGGUGUCCACCAUCCCUUCCAGCCAGCCAACCUUCACCUCCGGCUCCAACUCUAUCUUUUCCAGCAGCAGCUCCGUCCUCUCCACCACGACUGUUUCCACCAGCUCAGUCAAGAUGACAGACCUGGACGUCUCCGUCCUGGAGGAGUCUCUGGAUCUGCUGGCGAAGACAGAGAUGGAGUCAUCACGGUCGGUUCCAGAGGUUGACCUGUCCAACUCCCUCUACACAACUCAAGAUUGGGAGCCCCUCCACGCCUCAACCAACAAUACCGACUUUGAGCCCCUGUGCACGCCAGUGGUGACCUGCACCCCAGCAUGCACUACCUACACCUCUUCAUUUGUGUUUAGUUUCCCAGAGGCAGAGACCCUCCCCACCUGUGGCACUGCACACAGGAGAGGAAGCAACAGCAACGACCAGUCCUCUGACUCCCUAAGCUCACCAACCCUGCUGGCCCUUUAAAGACUCUUCCAAGAACAUUAAUACUUCCUAUUAAGCACAAUCUCUUGAUGUAUGAGAUACAUGUGCAGAUCACAGGGCUAUGGAAUGGACUUUUACCAGGAAGCAAAUUGUUUGUUUAUUUGCCUUUAUAUAUAUAUAUAUAUAUACACAGGUGACAAAUUAAAGGAAAAAACAACAACAUGAAGUGUCUUAGUAAGGCGCUGCACCUUGUAAUUGAUUCUACAAGUCUCUACUGGUUGGAUGAACACCAUUCUUCCAAAAGAUAUUUCCUCAUUUGGUGUUUAGAUGAUGGUUGUGGAGAGUGCUGUCUAACACGUCAGUCCCAAAUCUCCCAUAGGUGUUAAAUUAGGUUGAGAUCUGGUGACUGCGGAUGCCAUAUCAUAUGAUUCAGUGUCAAUCUGGAAGAGACCACUACUACUAUGUCCCUCUCCAUGUAAUUGUUGAUCUGAUUGACAUUCUCAGUCACAAGAGGAAUAGUUGUUCUUCUGUUGUUCCUCACACAUUGCACUAAUGAAAGAGCACUGAUGUCUUUCCCAUAGAUCUAAAUGCAGACGUCAGUGCACGUGAAUGGAAGCAUUUACACUCGUUAUGUUUCUCCACUCAUUUAUUCAGGUUUUUCCUUCAAUUUUUCACCUUGUACUUGCCUAUUACACCAGUGUAGCAAGUUAAAGCAUGUUUCAACUAAUACCACCUAGUCGUUUUAUGAGUUCAUAUAAGAGUUUUAUGGUGCUAGAUAACAAAAAAGAUGUUUAGUGUUGAUUUGUGUUCAGAGCAAUAGUUAUUAUAGAUCCAGUUUGUUUUUUCUGGUUGAUGGAAUGUGAGAGUUAUUGUGAACUGUUUGUGAAAACUUAAAAAAAACUGACAUGCUUUUGUCUUAACCAUGGUCUGAGUGGUCUAUCUCAGUAUGAAGUUUUCUGUGAAAACAUCAGUGUUUUUAAUUUAUGAAAUUUCAAUUUAUUUUUUUACAGAGUGAGUUAAGAUGAAUGUUGUUUGUAAGAUAUGUAAAUAAAAGAUAGUGAUAUUUAAAUUCA